AUGUACAGGACACUCGCCCUCACUUCACUCUCGCUCUUCGGAGCCGUUCGCGCUCAGCAGGUUGGCACGGGGACGACGGAGGUCCACCCAAAGAUGAACUGGCAGACUUGCACUGGUAAAGGUGGCAACAGCUGCACAACCAAGGCCGGUUCUAUCGUGCUCGAUUCCAACUGGCGAUGGGCCCACAACGUUGGCGGAUACACCAACUGCUACGAUGGCAACAAGUGGAACGACAGCUACUGCCCAGACGGCGACACCUGUACCAAGAACUGUGCUAUCGAUGGUGCUGACUACACUGGUACCUACGGUAUCAACGCCGGCGGCAACUCGCUGAGCUUGAGGUUGGUCACCAAGGGACAGUACUCUAGCAGCAUUGGCUCGCGUACCUACCUUAUGGAGAGCGACACCAAGUACCAGAUGUUCAACCUCAUCGGCAACGAAUUCACCUUUGACGUCGACGUCUCCAAGCUGCCUUGCGGUCUCAACGGUGCUCUCUACUUCGUCGAGAUGGCCGCUGACGGUGGUCUCGGCAAGGGCAACAACAAGGCUGGUGCCAAGUACGGAACCGGAUACUGCGACUCCCAGUGCCCACACGACAUCAAGUUCGUCAACGGCAAGGCCAACGUCGAGGGCUGGGUCUCCAACCCCGAGGACCCCAACGCUGGCUCAGGUACCAUGGGUGCUUGCUGCCCUGAGAUGGAUAUCUGGGAGGCCAACUCCAUCUCCACCGCAUACACCCCCCACCCCUGCAAGGGCACGGGUAUCCAGGUGUGCACUGACUCCACCACUUGCGGAGAUGGCGACAACCGCUACAAAGGUAUCUGCGACAAGGACGGUUGCGAUUUCAACAGCUACCGCAUGGGCGUCAAGGACUUCUACGGUCCUGGAAAGACUCUCGACACCAACAAGAAGAUGACCGUCGUCACCCAAUUCGUUGGCUCCGGCUCCAGCCUCUCAGAGAUCAAGCGUUUCUACGUCCAGAACGGCAAGGUCUUUGCCAACAGCCAGUCCAAGGUCUCUGGCGUCAGCGGCAACUCCAUCACCGAGGCCUUCUGCACUGCCCAAAAGAAGACGUUUGGCGACACAAACUCUUUCGCCACUCUUGGCGGCCUCAACGGCAUGGGCGCCUCGCUUGCUCGCGGCCAUGUCCUCGUCAUGUCCCUCUGGGAUGACCAUGCGGUCAACAUGCUCUGGCUCGACUCUGUCGCCUACCCCGCCGAUGCCGACCCAUCCAAGCCCGGUGUUGCCCGUGGUACCUGCGCCACCACCUCUGGCAAGCCCGAGGAAGUCGAGGCCAACCACCCCGAUGCCACUGUUGUCUUCUCCAACAUCAAGUUCGGACCUAUUGGCUCCACGUUCGCUCAGCCCUCAUCUUAAGCGUGUCGCUGACUCGUCUGGGGCGUUUCCAAACAAAGCUUGGCUGGUAACUAAAAACUUUGUCAGAUUGUUGGAUCUAGAAUCGCGGUCUGUCGCUGGUCCUAUCCUUUCGCUUUGAUUCGUUACUGUAUAUACUUGGUGGUGGAAUAGAAGAUGGAUGUGUGCAUAUAGAAAAUGAAGAUCUUUAUUCAUUCACA